GCUCCUCAGCACCCCCGCCCCGUUCCUUCCUCUGCGGCUCCUCCCAACUCGGCCGCCGCGGCCACGAGCUCCUCCCACCCAGCUCGGCCAGAGGGACUUGUCCCAGCAACUCCCAGGCCAUCCCCUGGCUCCUUUCCUCUUCCCUCAGCUCCUCCUCCCUCAGCUCUUCCCCACGGGGGACCCCAGGUGAAGACACGGAGGCAAGAGGAAGAGGUUGCUCCGCAGGCCGCCGAGCAGGUGCCUUGUGCCUGGAGAGGUAGGGGGGCCCUCGGCACCCUUCUUCCCUUUAGGGCGACAUCAGCUAGCUCUCUCCAGGGAUGCCGCCCACCCAGUUCAGGUGUCAUGGGUGUGCUUUGGUGGCGGCACUGAGAAGAGGGUUGGCUGAGAAGCAGUGGCGGAAACUGGCACACCUGAGCUCGAGUCACAUACCCCAGAGAGGAACCAGACGGGGCCAGGCCACAGGGGCCAGCCAGCCUCCCCCAUGCCCGAUCCAGACAGAGUGCAUAGGGCGCCCCUUUGUCACCCAUCAGGUUGGCACAGGUGAAGCGGGCUGAUGAUGCUCAGGGCCAAGCAGCAUGUGAGGAGCCCCUGCCUGUGGGCCGUGGGGUGCACACGGGAGCCUUUGUGGGGGUGUCGCUGGCGUGGGGAGGCAUCUCGGGGUGUGCGCCGCGCGGCCGGGGCCUCACGCGGUCUUCAGUCCGUGUGUGUUGAUAGCGGCGGAGAGUGGGACCCCUCGAGCAGGGGAAGAGGCUGUAACUUACGGGACCAGCGAGAGCGGGACCCCACGUAGGCAGUGACCCUGUGACGUGGAGGAAGACGCCUGAGGUGCUGGAGUGGAGACAUCAUUCGGCACCCCGUGGCGACCUCUGCGUUCAUUUGCCUGGACAGUCGUGCCAGAGUCCCCCCCACGGGGUGGCUUACACUGCAGAUCCGUGUGUUAGCUCAGGUCCUGGAGGCUGGACGCCCGAGAUCAGGGCUCUUGCGAGGGCGGCUGUGAGCGGGAAUCUGUCUCAGCCCUCCCGUCGCUGCCGGGCCUUUGCUGGCACUCCUUGGCCUCCCCUGGCUGGUACAGCUCUGCCUCCGUCUUCGCACGGAGUCCCCGUGUGCCUCUGUCUCUGCAUUUCCCCAUUCUAGGAGGCCUCGGUCCUGUUAGAUGAGGGCCCCUCCUGAUGCGCACAUGGGAACAUGAUGAGCCCUGUAAAGACCUGUCCUUUCUAUGGAAGGUCCUGCCGCGAGACGGGCGCCUCCCCCCCCAGUGCCAGGCCCUGUCUGCUGAGCGCGUGGAUGCGGGAGGAAGGAGCCGGCGCUCUCUGGUCCCCCUCCCCCCGGCCGCGCGAGGCCCGGGGAGCUGUGCGGACAUGAAGUUCGGCUGCCUGUCCUUCCGGCAGCCGUAUGCGGGGUUCGUCUUAAACGGGGUCAAGACCCUGGAGACGCGCUGGCGGCCCCUGCUCAGCAGCCAGCGGCACCGCACGCUGGCCGUGCACAUCGCGCACAGGGACUGGGAAGACGCUGCCUGGCGGGAGCUGCUGGGGGAGCGGCUGGGGAUGAGCGCCGCCCAGAUCCAGGCCCUGCUGCAGGCCGGGGAGAAGUUCGGCCGCGGGGUGAUAGCGGGGCUCGUUGACGUCGGGGACACCGUGCUGUGCCCAGAAGACCUGAGUGCCGAUGAGCUGGUGGAGCUGGAGAACCAAGCGGUCCUGACCGGCCUGCAGCACAAGUACCUGACGGCGCUCGCAAACCCCCGGUGGCUGCUGGAGCCCGUCCCCAGGAGAGGCGGGAGGGACGUCUUCCAGGGGCUGCCUCUUGUCCCGUUGAAAAGCAUCCCCAGGCUCAGGAAGCGCACGCGUGAGCCGUGCUGCUUCCCAUCCAAAGAAAGGCCCCUAGAUCGAGCCCUGCUGGCAAGGGGGCCCGUGAGGAAGACCUUACGGCUGCAGCACGCACGAGGGAUGGGACAUGCUGCCCACGGUCAGGAGCCGGGCCGCUCUGUCUCCUGACCGGCAGGCAAGGCCCGGGGACCAGACCUUCUGGGGCUGGCCCAGUGCCCCAGCCACAUCCUUGGCCGCGCGUGCGACAUGCUGCCGCUUCAAGUGCAAGCGGACGACGGGACCAAAGCCGACUCGGGCCGGGGUUUGCAGCCUCGCGGGGCUUCUGUGGGGACGUGUGGCGAACAGAAGGUGAGAGAGAGAGAGCACAGACUCGCGGUUCUCAUUCCGUGGUUUAUUUCCUCCCGUGGGGUUUUGCUCGUCUUUAUUGAAGCCCAGGCUGGGUUUUUGGUUCGGGGUGGUGCUUUUUGUCUGUGACCAGGGCCUGCGCGCUCAGGGACUCGGGUUGUCCUUGCACGACUCGCAGAGGGCACUCUUGUGAUCUGAGGAGCCCUCCUGCCCCUCGUCCCCUUCGGGGGCCUCGUUUGGGGCCGUGACUGGAAGGGCCACCAGGAGGAUGGAGGAAAAGGUGGUGUACAGAGACAGCACCGAGCCGUACGCUGGGCAAACCGGGAGGCUGGUGGGCACUUGCUCUGCACUGUCACUUCCGGCGGUAGCCGGGGGCACCAACGUGACAUUCCUGGACGUGCCCUCCCCACUGGGGCCACCUUGCUCACGGAGGGGCUGGUGUGCCCCGGCCUGCCCGGCUACACUGCUCCUGGACCAGAGGCCAGAGAACGUGAAAGCCCGGGUGGCACCGGGCCCCUGAGCACUGGGAGCUUCCUUCGGGGCCUUGGAGCCGGCAGCCUCCUUGGUGGGAUCCUGGGGGCGGAGCCGCGGGGAGCGUCUCGUGGGCACGAGCUGCUUCUUUCUCUUGGGGCCCGGCCCGCUGGGUCCCCGCGGAAGCCUCGCUCCCUGGAUGUUCUCGACGAGCAGAGGCUUGUCUCUCUGGAAGUUGGAGUUGCGGUAGAUCUGAAACGAGAGGAGUCAGGUUAGCCGUUCCGGGAGAAAAGAGGCACCCUCCCCGAGGGCCCGCAGGAGCUGGGGGUCAGAGGCCUCCGCCACGCCUGGCACGAGCUCACGCCACCCGGGCCCAGGUGUUCGCCUAGCUGCCUGCCACCAAGUGGCCCCCCAGGAUCUGUGCCCCCCCCCCCGCAGGUUUUCUCUAAGGGGGUGGGUGUAAUGGCACAGGCUCGCUCUUGGCCCCUUUGGCCCCGUCUCCGGUGAGAAAGGCGCCCCUCGGAAAGGGGACCCUCUGGGCCCGUCCGGCGUCUGGUCUGCCCGGAAGAGGCUGGCGCAGCCGCGAGCGUAGGGCGCAGGGGGCCACUACGCUACCAUCAUCGUCUCCUUCCCCGGAGAGCCCGCCGAAGGGCCGGCCGGGCGUAGUUUCCUGAAUCCGUGGAGGUUCAGCUGCCGGAUGAAGCCCUUCAAGCUGUCUGCCUCCAAGAUGCUCUCCGCGCCUCUGCGCUGGAGAACCUCCCUCUGGAAGAGCUCCUGGUCGAUGACCACCGCGUCGCCCGCGUCGUUCCAGCGCACCGACGGGAAGGCCUCGUCCUCCGCCACCAUCCAGAGCCUUCUGGGGAAGGAGAGCCCGAGCCCGUGGCUGUUGGCCGAGCCGACGGCGCCUCGGCUGGGGCCCGGGGCGGGCGGGUUGUCUCGGGGGCCUGGCUCUGGGCUCUCGGCUCCGUCUCCGCGCUUCUCCGGGGUCUCCCUCGAGUCCCCCCCGGGAUCCGGGGAGGAGCCUGGUGCCGGCUCCCCCUCAGCCGACGGGGCCCGCGUGGCUGGGCCUGCCUCGUGGCUCCUCGGACUCGCCAUGGACCAAGGCUAGAUCCGGAGCAGCGGCCUCUGCCCGAGGCCGUAUCUCAGGCCUCUCGGGUCAGAAGUGCCUUCCGUCCGGGUGGGGUCGCCCAAUAAAUACGGUCCGCAGUGUUCCAGAAUCUCGGUCGUGGGGUAA